CAAGCCAGACUGGAUUCCAUCCAGGAACAAGACAGGGCUCGAUUUUUUAAGAAGUGCAGGCUGCAUCUUAAUAAGACAGUUCAAGCUUGGCACAGCGAGGUAGACAACAGCGGAACUGGCUGAGAGAAGCUCUUUUUGGGAACAGCCAUGGCAAGGCCGACUGACCUAAUGGGAAACCACAGAAGAAACCACCUAUGACAAACAAAAAAACUAGAGAAACCAGAAAGACACUGACUUUCACCCUCCCCUCCCCAGUGUGAUCCUGACUCCAUUGUAAAGACUCCAAUUAAAUUGAAUGCCAAAUGCUCAACUUCAUGGGCCCGGCCUUGUCUCCACUACAUCCAGACUCAGAGACCUCUGCCGCCAACAUCACUUCCAAGUGGCAUUGCUUCAUCUAAUCAACCCUAAGACUCAUAAUCAAGAUCUUGAUGAAGCAUGGAAAUGGCCAACAAAAAAAGGAUGAUGCUUUUUCUGACUGUAACCAUCUUAUCCCUUGUUGUCUUCUUGGCACUCUAUAAACUGCAGUUUCAAAUCCAGUUUUUGUCGUUCUCACCUGAGUUUCCUUUACCCUUCAUGUGCCUUGAUAAGUCUAAUCGAGCCAAGAAAGAGGGUCUGAGUGCAUCGAGCGAUACAGAACAGGAUAGUAAAUGUGUUGAGGAAGGGAUAUGGACUAUUAAACCUGAUGGGAGACUGGGCAAUCAGAUGGGAGAGUAUGCCACCUUGUAUGCUCUGGCCAAAGCCAAUGGCUACCAGCCCUACAUCCUCACUGAAAUGCAUGAUAACUUGGCAUCUAUAUUUAAAAUCACACUCCCUGUUUUACACAGUCAUGUGGCCAGUUAUGUGCCUUUUAAAGAGUACUGGAUCCAUGACUGGAUGUCCGAAGAGUACAAUCAUAUUGAUGAGAAGUUUUUGAAAUUUACUGGGUACCCCUGCUCAUGGACAUUUUAUCACCACCUGCAUGAUGAGAUCCUCAGAGAGUUCACUAUUCACAACCACCUGAAAAAUGAGGCCAACCAAAUAUUACACAGCAUUAAAGGUCAACGGAAAAAAACAACCUUCAUAGCGAUCCAUGUGCGGAGAGGAGAUUAUGUCAAUGUCAUGCCCAAAGUUUGGAAAGGUGUGAUUGGAGACAAGGCUUACUUGGACAAGGCCAUGGAUUAUUUCCGUAAGAAGUACCCAGAGUCUGUCUUUGUGGUGGCCAGCAAUGGGAUGGAUUGGUGCAAAGAAAAUAUAGACAAUUCCAAGGGGGAUGUGUAUUUCUCAGGGGAUGGAAAUGAGUCAACUCCAGGCAAAGACUUUGCUCUCUUGGCCAGCUGUAACCACACAAUAAUGACUAUUGGCACUUUUGGCUUCUGGGUAAGUUACUUAGUUGGGGGAGAAACCAUAUACCUCACCAAUUUCACCUUGCCGGAAUCGGAAUUCCUCAAACUGUUUCACUAUGAUGCGGCUUUCCUGCCUGAGUGGAAAGGGAUUCCUGCAGAUCUUUCGCCUCUCAGUAAUUUAUAAUAGGCAAUGCCAAAUUUGCCGUGCCGUGGAGCGGUGCCUGUAAAUGUUAAACUGUACAUGUUUACCCUGGAGGGAAAACCAUUUGAACUGAUGUUGAUUUGUGUCCAACUGUGAAGAAUUGUGACUUAUUUAUUUACAAGUUUUCUGCUAAAUGAUGAUAACAAUGUUUAUUGUAAGACCACCAAGGGUGGCAGGCAGAACUGCACUUUGUUGAAUUACUUGACGAGAAGAUAUAAUUCCGUUUACAGAA